AUGGCGUACCACGACCAUGACAGACCCACCAGACACGGGCACCGCUCCGACGAGUACUCGCCCUCGCCCUCCGCCUCUGGCAACGCCACUCCUACCACGGCGCCAGCCGCCUCUUCUUACCUCCACGGGCUCGCAGCAGGCUUCGGCGGACUCGUACGACGCUUCAGCGACAUGACAGCAGGCGAGCAACCCCCGUCGUUGACCCACGGCGCCUCCUGGCCGCGCCUCCAGGGCAACGGUGUCAGCGGCGUCUACACACCACCAAUGCACCGGUCCGCCUCGCCGCUGCGGCCACCGCCUCUCGAGCCGCUCGAGCUCAAAGGCUUCAGGGAUGACACCACGCAUUCGGCAAGACUGCUGACGCCCGUGGUAGCGGAAGAGAUCCGAAUUAUGAUCCCGGAGCGCCAGCGCAUUGAAGAUGAGUGGAACCUUGUGUACAGCCUGGAUCAGGACGGCGCAAGUCUGGGGACGCUGUACAAGAAGUGCAGUGCCUACGAAGGCCAGAGAGCCAGCUUUGUACUGGUAGUGAAGGACAACGACGGAGGCCUGUUUGGUGCCUACCUUUCUGAUCCGCCGCGGCCACAGGCCCAUUACUUUGGUAAUGGUGAAUGUUUCCUCUGGCGCGCCUCCCUCCUCGCCUCCCUACCUCCACCGCCGUCAGAGGACACGACAAACAUUGCAGCAGCCAGAGUGACCACCAUCGCCAGCCCAACCCGAUCUUCCUUCCCGCCAGCGCAUGUCUCUGCCCCUCCAAGGACGGCCAGCCCAGCACUAUCAAUAGGCCCAUCCAUCAGGUUCAAGGCGUUCCCAUACAGCGGCGAGAACGAGUUCUACAUCUACUGUGAGCAGCACUGGCUGUCGGUCGGCGGUGGUGAUGGGCACUAUGGCUUGUGGCUGAACGACUCGCUCGAGAAGGGCGUGAGCUCGCGGUGCCUGACUUUUGGGAACGAGCCGCUGAGCGACGAGGGCGAGAAGUUUGACGUGCUGGGGGUGGAGAUGUGGUUAAUUGGCCGCGGAGGUGGAGUGCGGUGA